CAGUGGUGCCAAUGUGCAUGGGCUGGCCUGUCCUCAUCCGACUCAUUUAAAGGCUGCUGUUGUUUGGAUAAGAUUGAGUAAACGGUCCUUGCUUCUCUUGAGACCUAUUGACUUGGCUGUAAACUUGGGUGGUCGUACUGAAAUGCAGAGCUUUUUUCAUUGCCCUGGUUCAGCAUGUCUGUAGAUCUAAAGGUAUGCGGAUUGGACUGAGUUGUGCUCACGUUGUCUUUAUUUACGAGUGUGUGUGGUGCGUUUAGCAGCCCUCGUUUUUCAGGUUUAGCCAUGCUGUGCUGGGAGUCGGCAGUAGAAUUGCACUGUGUCUUUGAUUUUGUGCUGACUAUGAAUGUUUUUUAAUUGCCCGUCUUCUGUUCUGGAUGCAGUUGGUCUCAGUUGUUAAAAUAAAAAAAAGUGCUUCUUAACCGAACCAUUUAAAACACAGACCCUGAUUCCCAGGGCAAAAAACGUAUAAACAUGAAGUUCUACACCAUAAAUCUAGAUGACAGUAAGACUAAAAAUGACUUAUUUAGCUGACGCUUUAAUCUAAAGCGACUUGCAGUUGAUUAGACUACACGGGUAGAAUCCCUAGAGCAAUGUGCGUUUAAGGGCCUUGCUAAAGGGCCCAGUGGCUGUGUGGAUCUUAUGCUGGCUACACCGGGAUUAGAACCACCAACCUUCUACGUUCUCUGGGUUACAGGCUGGCUAGAAUAGAGAUCUCUUCUGUUUUUGCAUAAAAGGCCUCUUUUUACCUGCAAUCCGCAUGUUUAUUUGAGAAGCUGCUGUUUGCUUUGAGUGCGGGCAGACGUUUGUUUGAACUCUCGGAGAACAUUUCCUAGAAACGUUCUCUUCCUCCUGUGAGAACUAUGGUCGUAAACCGCUCCGAGUAGGGGCCAAUCACACCGCUCCGAGCAGCGGCCAAUCACACCCCUCCUCCACAUUCCUGUAGCAGAUGCUCCUUUGCAGAUUUGCCCGUCAAGACCAAGACACAUUUUUGGAAGUGCUUUUCGAACGUGGUCUGAACAAGGCAGGGGCAUUCAUGCGUUUAGCAUUCAGACAGAAGUCGCCAGCCCUGGUCCUGGAGAGCUACUGGGUCUGCUGAUUUUUGUUUUCACCUUAAAAUCAGCGCUCCGUUGAGACACAGGUAACCAGAUGAGGGGUCCUCUUCCGUACAGCACCGCCGCCAAGCAUCGCAGCUCGGGGGACGAUUGCCAUGGCGACGAUGGCGCGGACGAGCCCACGCGCUCGGUGACCAACAUCGAGCAGCUGGAGCUCCGGGCCUCCAGACUGGGAGAGCAGGUCCAGAGCCUGAACGAGAAGUACAAGAAGGCCUUGUCUGACUCCGACAUGGUACGGAGGAGAACUCAGAAGUUUGUUGAGGAUGCCAAGCUCUUCGGAAUCCAGAGUUUCUGCCGCGACCUGGUGGAGGUGGCUGACCUCCUGGAGCUGGUGUCCCGGGAGCUGAGGGGGGAGGGGGAGCAGGCGGGGCUGAGGGGGGAGGCGCAGCGGGAGGCGCAGGACACGGUGGAGGCCCUGUGCCGGGGGCUGGUGCGGGUGCAGGAGCGGCUGGAGGCGGCCUUCUCCAAACACGGGCUGGAGAAGAUGCUCCCGGUGGGCGGGCGCUACGACCCGCACCAGCACCAGAUCGUGUGCCACGUCGCCGCCCCCGGCGUGGAGCCUGGCGCCGUCGCCGUGGUGAAGCAGGAGGGCUACCGUCUCCACGGACGCACCGUCCGCCACGCCCGCGUGGGCAUCGCCAUGGCGACGCAGGCGCCGUGACGGCCGUCUCCCUGCCCGCUCGGGUUCAUGUUCGGAAAGCUUUUAAACGGGAUCGACUUCUGUCCGCAUGCAUGUACAUAUUUUAUGUGUUUUGUACAACCUGAAUGUAAAAAAAAUAUAUAUGUAUGUUUUGUAUUUAUUUUUGGAAUGGAUGCAGCUGUGUUGAGGGAAACGGUUGUUUGUAGGUUUUUACUAAAUGCCAGCUCUCUGCAACCGCGACCAUUAUCCCCACCCCCCGCACAAAUUAAAAUGAGCAUCUUGCACCUUCGAGGCAUUUAAUACGA